CUCAUCUGCUUUGCCUCGUUGCAAUCCACAACAUGGCCAAGAUAUCUUUCUUAUUUGCAUUGAUAGCUGCUUUUGCUAUUGCCAAUGGCUCUGCAACAAAGGAGGAGGUGGGGAUAUAUGAGCUCAAGAAAGGGGAUUUGUCUGUUAAGUUCACCAACUGGGGUGCAACUAUUGUCCAAGUUGUCCUCCCUGACAAAUAUGGUAAACUGGGUGAUAUUGCUCUGGGAUAUGAUUCUGUCCAGGAGUAUAUGAACGAUACUUCCUACGUUGGUUCCAUUGUCGGACGGGUUGCUAACCGAAUUGCAGGCGCUCAAUUUACUUUGAAAGGAGUCCAUUACAAACUGAUUCCUAAUGAAGGCAAAAACAUGCUUCAUGGUGGCCCCAUUGGAUUUAGUGAUGUUGUCUGGAAAGUGGAAAAGUAUAAGAAAGAUGGUCAUGCUCCUUCCAUUGUCUUUGCCUAUGACAGCUAUGAUGGUGAACAAGGAUUUCCCGGUGCACUCAAAGUCACGGUGGCCUAUACCCUUCUCCCUGGUAACAAGCUGACUGUGACAAUGAAAGCCAAAGCUCUAAACAAGGCUACUCCAGUGAAUCUCGCCCAACAUACAUACUGGAACCUUGGUAAUCACAAUAGUGGUGAUAUUCUAUCUGAAGAAGUCCAGAUUUUUGCUUCCCAGUACACGCCUGUUGAUAGCCAGCUUAUUCCCACUGGCGAAUUUGCUUCUGUAAAGGGAACUCCAUAUGAUUUCCUAAAGUCCCACACUGUUGGAAGCAGAAUCAAUAAACUUCCUAGUGGUUAUGAUAUCAACUACGUGCUUGAUGGUGCUCCUGGAAAGAUUAAGAAAGUAGCUGUCGUGAAGGAUAAGAAGUCUGGAAGAGUUAUGGAGCUGUUGACAAAUCAACCUGGUGUGCAAUUCUAUACUGCAAAUUUCCUGAAAGAUGUGAAGGGAAAAGGUGGAUACGUCUAUCAACCUCACGGAGCUUUAUGUUUAGAGACUCAAGGCUUCCCUGACUCUGUGAAUCAUCCUAACUUCCCUUCAACUAUUAUUUAUCCUGGAAAGGAAUACAAGCAUAUUAUGCUGUUCAAGUUUUCGAUUUCAUCGUAGAGAAACCUAGGGGUUGAAACAUUUCCACGACAACUAAAAUGUUUGUUUUAGUCCUUUAAUGAUCUUGUUGUAACCUCAUAAAACUUGGAACAAUAAAGUAUUCCUGAUUUUAAUUGUU